UAUCUUAUUUAUUCUUUUCACAGAAAUUUUCUCCAUGUUCUUUCUCAUGUUAACUGCUCUUGUUUAUUCUUUUCAUACACAGAGAUGUAGUCACACAUUCCCCAUUUAUCUUUGGUUAGGUCUAGAGCUGUCUCAGGCAUCUGCUGAACUCCUCCCUGGAAUCCCAUCAAAGGCACAAAAUGGGUUCCCUGCAGAGAAGGCGUGAGCACAGCUUCCUUCAGAACUUGUUGGAGCCGGUCUUUGCGUGAGACAAAAUAUUGCCUUGAGAAUGAUGCCAAGAGUCCUUCUGCUGUGCCCCACACCCUCUCUGGGAGGGCAGUGCUAUGCCUGUGACUGUUUUCCAGCCUCUGUGGUUAACAUCUCAGGCUUUAGUGCAAGAGCCCUGCCCAUAUUGAUGUGUGAUGGAUUGUCACUACAGUCAGGCUGGCAUCAUCUGUUAGCUCUCAUACCUUUUGUCAAGUAUUACCCUGUUUUAUAUAUGGGAAAUGAAGGCACAGAAAGAUUAACUGAUUUGCUGAAGAUUACAGAGUAGAUUCCGCAAGGAGUGUCUCUCCUGGUGACUGGAAGGGAAUCUUGUGCUCUGGAGCUCAUGAGGGUGCCCACAGAUCUUCUUGUGUACAGGAAUACUGAGGUAAACUAUGGAGACUUUUUGCAUAUAAAGAGCAUGAGUCUCUCUGACAUGUAAGGUCCAUCUUUGCCCAUUCAGACUACAGAGAGAUCAAGAUUGUGUAGAAGAAACUUGCUCUGAAGUGAUACUGAAACUUUCAGUAUUGAGUGAUCACAGACAGUAAUUCCACAGGAAGGGGAACACUGCUGGUGUUAGCACAGUUACUUUAUAGACACUGAGAAAAUGAAAACUGAUCCCCAGAAUGCCUCUACCAGCCUGAAAAAGCAGACUUCAUUCUGAGAGUUCCUGUUACAGAUCCCUGCAGUUCACUCAGCCCGCCGUGCUUUACUGAGGAGGACCGAUUCAGCCUAGAAGCUCUCCGCAUGAUCCAUAAGCAGAUGGAUGAUGACAAAGAUGGUGGUAUCGAAGUAGAUGAGAGUGAUGAGUUUCUAAGGGAAGAUAUGCAAUACAAGGAUGCCUCAAAUAAACACAGUCACCUGCACAGAGAAGACAAGCAUAUCACCAUUGAGGAUCUGUGGAAACGCUGGAAAACGUCUGAAGUUCAUAACUGGACUCAAGAGGACACUCUUCAGUGGCUUUCAGAUUUUGUUGAAUUGCCCCAAUAUGAAAAGAAUUUUAGAGACAGCAAUGUCAAUGGAACAACACUUCCCAGGAUAGCGGUAAAUGAACAUGCUUUCAUGAUCUCUCACUUGAAAAUAAUUGACCGGAGUCAUAGACAGAAGCUUCAGCUUAAAGCCUUGGAUGUUGUUUUAUUUGGACCUCUCACUCGUCCCCCUCACAACUGGAUGAAGGAUUUUAUAUUAACAGUCUCUAUAGUUAUUGGUUUUGGAGGCUGCUGGUUCGCAUAUACACAGAACAGAACCUCAAGAGAACAUAUCACAAAAAUGAUGAAGGACUUAGAAAGUCUCCAAACAGCAGAGCAAAGUCUUCUUGACUUGCAGGAAAGGCUUGAGAAGGCACAAGAAGAGAACAGAAACGUUGCUGUUGAAAAGCAAAAUCUGGAGCGCAAAAUGAUGGAUGAGAUCAAUGAUGCAAAACGUGAAGCUCAUCGCCUCAGGGAAUUGAGAGAGGGAGCUGAAUGUGAGCUCAGCAGGCUCAAAUAUGCAGAGGAAGAGUUAGUACAGGUUCGCAUGGCUUUAAAAAAGGCUGAGAAGGAGUUUGAAUUAAGAAGUAAUUGGUCUGUUCCUGAAGCUUUGCAGAAGUGGCUUCAGUUAACACAUGAAGUUGAAGUACAAUAUUACAAUAUCAAAAGACAGCAUGCAGAAAUGCAAUUAGCAAUUGCUAAAGAUGAGGCAGAAAAGAUAAAAAAGAAGAGAAGCACUGUAUUUGGAACAUUACAUGUUGCACACAGCUCCUCCCUGGAUGAAGUGGACCAUAAAAUUCUUGAAGCAAAGAAAGCACUCUCUGAGUUGACGACGUGUUUGCGGGAGCGUCUUUAUCGAUGGCAACAGAUUGAGAAGAUUUGCGGGUUUCAAAUCGCGCACAAUUCUGGGCUACCAAGCUUGACCUCCUCUCUCUACUCUGAUCACAGCUGGGUAGUUAUGCCUCGAGUUUCCAUUCCUCCCUACCCAAUUGCAGGGGGAGUUGAUGACUUAGAUGAAGACACUCCUCCAAUAGUUUCACAGUUUCAUGGGUCCAUUGUAAAACCUCCCAGCACACUGGCAAGAAGCAGUAGCUUGUGUAGAUCAAGACGCAGUGUUGUGCCAUCAUCUCCACAGUCUCAGCACGCUUUGCACUCCCCUGACCCUGACAUCCUUUCUGUGUCGAGCUGCCCAGCUCUCUAUCGAACUGAAGAGGAGGAGGAAGCCAUUUACUUCUCUGCUGAUAAACAAUGGGAAGUACAGGAAACAGGUUCGGAAUGUGACUCCUUAAAUUCAUCCAUUGGAAGAAAACAGUCUCCUCCAGCAAGUCUUGAGAUGUACCAGACAAUUUCUCCUCAGAAAGUAUCACCAGAAGAAUUCUCACUUGAGGAAUCAUCUACAGGAGACUCCUCUUCUCUAACUGCAGAUGUUUCUAGGGGCUCUCCUGACUGUGUAGGCAUGGCAGAAACUAAGAGCAUGAUCUUUAGUCCUGCAAGCAAAGUUUAUAAUGGAAUCCUGGAGAAGUCUUGCAGCAUGAACCAGCUUUCAACCGGGAUCCCAGUCCCAAAGCCUCGUCACACCUCAUGUUCUUCGACUGGCAGUGAUAGUAAACCCAGCCAUGAAGCUGCUUCUGUCCCCAGGAUAAGCAGCAUCCCACAGGACCUCUACCAGAAUGGUGAAAAAAAUAAAAAGCCAUCAAAAAUAAAAAACCUCUUUAAGAAGAAGUGUAAGUGAGGUGGGCAGAAGAAAACCUAUAGUAAUGUUAUAAAAACUCUAUUUUUUAAAUCUUUAGGAAUGUAAUUCCAUUUGAGCAUUCCAAACUGGAUGCCCUAAUGGAAUACUCUGUAGGUCACCUAUAUUUAAUGACUGUACUGUCAACGGUUGUGCCAGCUGUCAAUGAGAAAUCAUUAAAAAGUUCAGACAGUUUA